CAGUUGUGUAUUGAGAAUGGAGAAUCUAGCAAAGAACGUGUUGAUCACUUCAGAUGGAGAUGAAAUUUCAGUGAACAUUGCUUUGCAUUUAGCCAAACGUGGUUGCAGGUAUACAGUUGGUUUUGAUUGUUCAUGAAAUGAAGCAAAAGUUGGUUUUGAUUAGGUUGGUAUUAAUGGGGAAUGAGUGCUCCUUGAGGAGUGCCAAACAGAAAAUAAUGGAUUCAAUUAUGAAUGUGGUGGUCCCAGAGCCAGUAGCGGUGGUUGGCUUGGACAUGGAUGAUGAAAGAGAAGGAGCUUUUAAUGAUGCAGUGGAUAAAGCAUGGAGAGCUUUUGGACACUUGGAUGCUCUUGUCAAUUGUCAUGCUUACGAAGGGAAGAUGCAAGACCAUCUGCAAUUAGCUGAAGGAGAGUUCAGAAAAAUCGUAAAAGUAAAUUUUAUGGCUCCAUGGUAUCUGUUAAAAGCUGUUGGGAGGCGGAUGCGGGAUCGUAAAUCGGGUGGUUCCGUCGUAUUCAUGACCACCAUACUUGGUGCUGAAAGAGGACUUUAUCAAGGAGCUGCAGCAUAUGGUUCAUGUUUGGCAGGAGUGCAGCAGUUAGUUAGAGUAUCUGCUUUGGAGAUUGGAAAACACAAUAUUAGGGUUAAUGCAAUUGCUCGUGGUUUACACUUAGAAGAUGAAUUUCCUAAGUCAGUUGGAAAGGACAGGGCAGAGAAGUUGGUGAAAGAAGCAGCUCCAUUGCAAAGAUGGUUGGAUGUUAAAAAAGAUUUGGCUUCAACUGUCAUCUAUCUAAUCAGUGAUGGUUCACGCUAUAUGACAGGAACAACCAUAUUCGUUGAUGGGGCACAGUCAAUAGUUAGGCCUCGUAUGCGAUCAUAUAUAUAGUUCCUUUUACUAUUACACUGACACUAAAAGCAUGCAUUUAGUCUGUUAGGUGUGAGAACCAUAUGUUUUUUUUUUACAUAUGAUCUAUUGAAGAUGUCAUAAACUUAGCUAAAUCAGCGAGUACCAAGUGACAUGUUCAAUUCAUUUACUUUUAGGUGUGGAGGUUUUGUAAGAUUAAAAUGUUUGUGAACUGGAAGUGAUGAUUGAAAAUGAUUUAACAUGUAUACUUCAAUUUAGAUAGUUUGAAAUAGGUCUAAAAUAAAUAUUGUUUCAAAUACCCAUCCAAUCAUUUGUAUUUGAUAUGUUGAAUUUAUAAAUGUAUGGAUAAGAAAUAAAAUGUUGAUGAUCUUUAUUCAUUCA